CUUAAAUUCGCUGGUCCUAACAACACAAGCCUAUCAGCGUCCUCCCUCGCAUUGCGCUCUGAAAAAAUCUGGACACUUCCCAACAGCAGCCCAUACACCCCCAUUGUACCAUCACCAAUAUACUAGACGGGCUUAAAUUGGCUUGCAGGAUUGCCAUUGUGUGACUACCCUUACCGUUUUCUAAUCUUCUUUCGCUUCGUCACAUACCUUUUCCCUCUUUUCAAACGUUUGGAAGAAAAGUUGUCGGCCUGCGCUACUCGAGAUGAAUGCUGCAGAAAACAUUAAUGUUUCAGCCGAUAAUCGUACGUCCGAUGGCAGAAAGCAGAGCCCUCCUGCUUUCCUCGACCUCGCAGACUCGGCUGCGAGGUUGGGUACCAAUAUGCCCGACAUCUCGGCGCGCGUGGAGCUAAAGAGAUUGGAACAUGAACGUCAGCGCGCAUUGCAAAGGAAGAUGUUCGAAGACCAGAUGCGUGCGUUGGAGCACCAGCAAGCGCAGGAGCUCCUCAGUAUCCCUUACGAGUCGAUGACUUCUGCUCAUUUGGCUGUCUCUGCCCCGACGACACCUCCCCGGGUAAACGCUAUCUUGCAAGGAGAUGGGCUCGCCAAGUCAUCAUUAUCUCAUUCUUCAGUCGAUGCUGACGUCUUGUCGAGAGCCGUUGGCUCUGCUGUCGACAAGAGAAAGUCUGUCACCUAUGCACCCUCCGUCGAUCGUUCCCCCGAACUUGGGUCGGCUCAUGUGCUCAACGGCCAGUACGCUCGCGGAGGGGCGAAGAGUAUGCCGGCAAGUCGUCGCACGUCCACAAGCAGUCACGACGAGGAACUUGCUGAACAUUUCAGAGGCAUGGCCCUCUCCAGUGAAAGACCCGUUGGAGCUUCUCCAAGUCCGGGACCCGUGGCUCAGUCUAUGUUGACGAGAGCACGUUUCAGCGAGGAGGACCACACUCGCACCAGCCAACAAUAUAACUUUGGCAUGAUGCUCGACGAACAGUUAGACCAGGAAAUGCAUAAUGCGAUGAGGAAUUUACCAACGUCAGACGAUGACAAAUUUGCAGCUUAUGCAAAUAAGAUAUCGACGUCGUCUGCCGCUUUGGAUCUUGCGCACCGGUCGCAGACUUCCCCACGUAAUUCGUUUACCGGUCGCGACAAGCCGUCUGAGUGGCCGCAGUUCACUGGUAAUCCCCGCGUCCCAGAAAGCCUCGCCUCACGUGCUGAACGGCGUACCGUCACAACGCCGACGUCGACACCACCAAUCGGCCAACAUCCUCAGAUUACCCUCGGUGCGGCGCCCUCGUCUCGCAGGAGUUCUCCUGCAGGGGCUCUGGAGAGCUUUUCGACGAGAUCAGUGCCCGCUACGCCUCUCUCUAUUACGAAUGGGAGCUCUCAUAUGCUUCAAGCCCCUGGGACUCCGCUCACUCCUGACACUCAGGGUAUGAGUGGUCGCAUUUCUGCUCAAGGCAGUCAGCACUUGGGUGGCGAGGUUAAAACUGAUAUUCAGCCUUCUUUGUCGCGUCUAUCGUCGGGUCAAUAUGACGGAUCCGCCUUGUCAUUCGAGCAGUACAGCGUUGAUUCGGUGUAUAAUCUCAACAACCAGCUCGAUGGUACCCGCUACAACACUUACGGUUUUGAUUCCAGUACUCGAAGUGGCCACGGUGUGAACGGCGCUGCUAGUGGUCCGACCGCUCUCUAUCAUCACAACAGUUCGCGUUACGGGCCCGGCAUGGGUCGCGGUGGCCCCGAUGGUAAGAUGAACGGACUCCAUGGACCCAAGCACAAGCGAGGUGAUAUGGAUCUUAACCGUUUCGCUGGGACUCGUCUGGAGGACCUACAAGGAGAGAUUCUCGCCCUUUGCAAGGAUCAACAUGGAUGUCGUUACCUCCAGAAGAAACUGGAAGAGGGCAUACCAGAACAUCGAGACAUGAUAUUUCGCGAAACGUUCGGUCACUUCGCUGAUCUGAUGACGGAUCCGUUUGGCAACUACCUGUGUCAGAAAUUGCUAGAGUACUCGACGGACGAGCAACGGAACUUGAUUUGCGAGUCUGUCGCCCAGGAUUUGGUCAAUAUCUCGCUGAACAUGCACGGUACUCGUGCUGUACAAAAAAUGAUUGACUUCCUGUCAACUAGACGACAGAUUCACUCGAUCAUUGUUGCGCUUAGCCUUCACGUUGUUGUGCUAAUCAAAGACCUCAACGGCAAUCAUGUCAUACAAAAGUGCCUCAACAAGCUUGUUCCCGAGGACAAUCAGUUUAUUUACAAUGCUGUUGCUGCAAAUUGUGUGGAAGUUGCCACUCAUCGUCAUGGAUGUUGUGUACUACAGCGGUGCAUUGAUCAUGCUUCCGACCACCAGCGUAUCCAGCUUGUCAAUGAAAUCACCUACAAUGCUCUUACCCUGGUUCAAGAUCCAUAUGGGAACUAUGUCGUGCAAUAUAUUUUGGAUCUGAACGAUAAUCGCUUCAGUGAUGCAGUCAUCCGUCAGUUCACGGGGAAUAUUUGCGCGUUAUCUGUACAGAAGUUUAGUUCAAACGUCAUCGAGAAGUGCAUCCGGGUUGCUGAGCACAGCACCAGGAAGAUUAUUAUCGAAGAACUCCUCAACCGGUCGCGUUUGGAGAAACUUCUGCGCGAUUCGUACGGCAACUACUGCGUUCAAACUGCCCUGGAUUAUGCGGACCCUGGUCAACGCGCGCUACUGGUCGAAGGCAUUCGACCUGUAUUGCCGUUGAUUCGGAAUACCCCUUAUGGGAAACGGAUUCAAAACAAGCUCCAACGCGAACAUGUUGACAAUUUCAACGGUGGAUACCAGGGUCCCCAGGCGAUAGUCAACAUGAACCUCGGCAAUCAAGCCGUUGGACUUGGACAUGGUCAUCUGGGUCCUGCUACACGUCACAUUCCCCAAAAUAUGCCUAUGGCGGACUUGUACGGCUCUCAACCUGGCCUUUACGGGAUGCAAGGUCAAGGAUCGUAUGGUCAUGGUCCAUUGGCUCCCCAGAUGCACGGUCUCGGAGCACGAUCGAUUGAUGAAUACGUUCUGCAAAGCCAUUCUCCCCACAACUCCAGGUUGACUCCACCCCACACCCACGGUGGGGGGUACUCUGGCGUUUCCGGGUAUGCUAGCGUGAGCGCGUUUGGCAACGUCGGCCUUACUGGGUCGUUAAAUGAUCCUUACCAGAACUACGGCUACGGCAUGUGAAAGGGUGGUCCGCUGAGUUGCACACUGAUUCAAUUCGGUCGACGUUGUGGCUCUCACCAUUCCCUAUUUCUAUGUAUAUUCUAUGGCCCUUGCAUUUUGACGACCGAUACCUCAUUCGCGUUGCAUGGCUCGCUCAAGCUGGCGGUUUGUUUGGGAGGUACUUACGCCAAAAGGGAUCGGCCGGCUUCGAUCAAUACCACCACCGCAAUUGUACAUUGAUCCGGCAUACAACCAAUUUCCCUGCAGUACUAUUUUGCUUGCUUUCUGAACACUUUACUUUCCCCACCGUUCCGUCGCAUUUGUAUAGCCUUAAUCUUGGUCUCUCCAUCAUCUAAAGCAAUGUUCUGUUUAAUGGUUUAAACUGUCGCAGCACUACGUUUUUGUACUUAUUGUGCAAUUUUAUGCCAUGGUUGACUCGGAGCUAACGGAGCCUUGUAUGUAUGUUUCCGGACCUGAGUAGGCCUGGUAACCAGAC